AUGGCGCCUCCUAUCUCUGACUCUGAUGUCCCCCUUACCUUCCGCCCUGCAACCGAGAAAACUGCCAGCGAAGAGUCAAAGUUGACUCCGCUUGAAAAAUCAGAACUGGCUUUAGCCGACAAGUUCAGCUCCCCCGAUGUUUAUAUCAACGGCAAAACAGACACCUGUUGGCACCCGUGGCACGACAAUCUCGAACUGAAGCCACUGCGCUUUGAAACCCGGACCGGUACUUUUGUGGUCGUGUUGCGAAGCUCCGAGGAUACUUGGUUGGGUAAACACAGACAUCGUGGCAGUGUGACCGCUGUUACCCUGAAUGGGGAAUGGAACUACAAAGAGUAUGAUUGGAUCGCCAGACCCGGCGACUAUGUCGUUGAGAACCCCGGAACUAUUCAUACACUGCACAUGGGCAAGGGCGCAGAAGUUGUGUUUACUGUUACAGGCAGUCUUGAAUUUUUCCACGAUGAUGACAGCCUGAAAAACACCAUGGAUGUCUUUAGCUAUGCUCAUUUGUACUACGAGCAUUGCAAAAAGCAAGGAAUAAAGCCAAAUGACGGGCUAUGGUAUUAG